AUGGUUGAGAGCCCCCUGCCACCAGCGCCAGAGAAACACAGCGAUCUUCCUGAUCUCGAUGAUAUACCUCGGAGUUUAGAGCGGGGUAAAGAUGCUCUGUUUCUUGCUGCUGAGAUGGGGAGUUUAAGUUCAAGUGUGGAGAAAGGAAAGCUCCUAGGUAGAAAGCUCUGGGGGAUGACGAAAGCUGCAGCACAAGCACUGACAGGGGGGGCGCUAAAGAGUAUCGUUGACGCUACGAUUACGCUUUCUGAACGGAACCUUGUUUCCUCUGAAACUUUUUUAGGUCUAGCAGGACAACCGCUGCACAUAGAACGUAUCAUUGGUUUCGGGCCGACAAGUGUAUACUUUACAGCCACAACAUUUUACCAGACAACAUACACUAUACGUCUUCCUGUAUUUCCCCUCAGCGCUGGACUAGCCGCCGGAGAUUGCUGGCGCUCUUUGGAGCGAGAAAAACAAGCAGUUGCACAUGCAUGCGGUAAAGAGAAUUUGAAUGUUGCAUCGGAGAGAAGAGGACUUCUUAUUCCUCUUUCCGUUGCUACAGUUGACGGGAUGGCUAGCGAGACAGUGACAGAGUAUGGAUUUGUUCUGAAUGAAGUGACUAUCAUGAAGCCGUUGUUGGCAAACCUAGCGAAGGUAUUGGCAUAUCUACCUGAUCACGGCGCCGACACCGCAGCUGCGAAAGAGUAUACGGCUCGUCGGUUGCUACUGCAGACGCUGCAGCUUCACGAGGCGGGUGUCAGCCACAACGGCUUACGCCCCCAAAGUAUAUUCGUCGAUACCUCUGGCGGUUUCCUGCUAGCAGGAAUGGAGGCGGUGACCCUCUAUGGUGAGGACUUGCCUGCAGAUGCAGAGCUGAGUACGGUGUAUGCAGAGCCGCAGCUCGUGAAGGAGUUCGACGAGUAUAUGCAGGGGGGGGCCCCGGUAAAGGCGAACGAGAAGAGUGAUCUAUGGAGCCUGGGGGUUCUCCUGUAUGAAGUAUUCACAGGAAAGGAGUUUAAAGAGCUGAUGCAAGAGGGCCAGACAUUUGAUGAAACCGCAGCAAGCAACGCGGAUAUACAGCUCGCCAUAGUGAGUACACCACCUGUAUGGAAGGAUCUGGUGCUUCGCUUGCUACAAACAAAGAGAGAGAAACGCAUAUCUCACAGUGAAAUACUACAAGAGUUCAGUUCCCUUCUAUAA